AAGCAGCCUGAUUGCUCCCGUUCAACCACAUUUGGUAUGCAUGAGCACUACUGUUCCAAGCUGGGAGGGUGUUUUCUUAAGGAGGAUCAGUGGCUAAAGCAAAUCCACUUUGCCAGCCUUUCAGCCAAGUUAUAGGAGGCAUCUGUCUUAAUGGAAUUGCAGGUGUGGACACCUAAUGGACAUGGGAUGUCAACACCGGUGGAGGAGCACUUGUUUUGUAGGCAUUUGUAAGGUUUGUGCUUCAUUAUUCCAGUGGAAUUUUUGAGGGUCAUGAGUCAAAGUGAUGCUCCCCGGCCACUAAACUGGACCAUUCGGAAGCUGUGCCAUGCUGCCUUUCUCCCAUCUGUCAGACUACUUAAGGCUCAGAAGUCAUGGAUAGAAAGAGCAUUUUGCAAAAGGGAAUGUGUACAUAUCAUACCCAGCACCAAAGACCCCCAUAGGUGUUGCUGUGGACGCCUAAUAGGCCAACAUGUGGGACUUACUCCAAGUAUCUCCAUUAUUCAGAAUGAGAAAAAUGAAAGCCGUCUCGCUCGAAAUGACAUCCAGUCAGAGAAAUGGUCGAUCAGCAAGCACACUCAGCUCAGCCCCACAGAUGCCUUUGGAACCAUUGAGUUCCAAGGAGGGGGUCACUCGAACAAAGCCAUGUAUGUCCGUGUAUCUUUUGAUACAAAGCCAGAUCUUCUUCUACACUUGAUGACCAAGGAAUGGCAGCUUGAAUUACCGAAACUGCUCAUCUCUGUGCAUGGAGGUCUCCAGAAUUUUGAACUUCAGCCAAAGCUCAAGCAAGUCUUUGGGAAAGGCCUCAUUAAAGCUGCCAUGACAACUGGAGCAUGGAUAUUUACUGGAGGAGUAAACACAGGAGUCAUUCGGCAUGUUGGCGACGCACUGAAAGACCAUGCCUCAAAGUCUAGAGGAAAGAUCUGCACCAUUGGAAUUGCUCCCUGGGGGAUUGUAGAAAACCAAGAGGAUCUGAUUGGCAAAGAUGUGGUCCGUCCGUACCAAACAAUGUCCAAUCCGAUGAGUAAGCUGACAGUUCUCAACAGUAUGCACUCUCAUUUUAUUCUGGCUGAUAAUGGAACCACAGGAAAAUAUGGGGCAGAAGUGAAACUUCGCAGACAGUUGGAAAAGCAUAUCUCACUUCAGAAGAUAAAUACAAGGAUUGGGCAAGGGGUCCCAGUGGUGGCUCUCAUUGUGGAAGGAGGACCGAAUGUAAUCUCUAUCGUCCUGGAAUAUCUACGUGAUACUCCCCCAGUUCCAGUUGUAGUAUGCGAUGGCAGUGGCCGGGCUUCUGACAUCCUUGCAUUUGGCCACAAGUACUCAGAAGAAGGAGGACUUAUCAAUGAAUCUCUGCGGGACCAAUUGCUUGUUACUAUCCAGAAGACCUUCACCUAUACUCGGACCCAAGCCCAGCACCUGUUCAUAAUCCUCAUGGAAUGCAUGAAGAAGAAGGAACUGAUUACAGUGUUUCGCAUGGGAUCAGAAGGACACCAGGACAUUGAUCUGGCCAUCUUAACAGCUUUGCUAAAAGGAGCAAAUGCCUCUGCUCCAGAUCAACUGAGCCUAGCAUUAGCUUGGAACAGAGUAGACAUCGCUCGCAGCCAGAUUUUUAUUUAUGGGCAACAGUGGCCGGUGGGGUCCCUUGAACAAGCAAUGUUGGAUGCCCUGGUAUUGGACAGAGUGGAUUUUGUGAAAUUGCUCAUAGAGAAUGGAGUAAGCAUGCACCGUUUUCUCACCAUCUCCAGACUAGAGGAAUUGUACAAUACGAGACAUGGACCAUCCAACACUUUGUAUCAUCUUGUGAGAGAUGUCAAAAAGCGUGAAUAUCCAGGUUUCGGUUGGAUCUAUUUUAAGGGAAACCUACCACCAGAUUAUAGGAUAAGUCUAAUUGAUAUUGGCCUGGUGAUUGAGUACCUGAUGGGAGGAGCUUAUCGCUGUAAUUAUACUCGAAAACGAUUCCGAACCCUGUAUCACAACUUAUUUGGCCCCAAGAGACCCAAAGCUCUGAAACUUCUGGGAAUGGAAGAUGAUGUCCCAAUGCGGAGAGGAAGAAAAACAACCAAGAAGCGAGAGGAGGAAGUGGAUAUCGACCUAGAUGAUCCUGAAAUUAACCAUUUCCCUUUCCCCUUUCACGAGUUGAUGGUGUGGGCUGUGCUGAUGAAGCGUCAGAAGAUGGCUCUCUUUUUCUGGCAACAUGGAGAGGAAGCCAUGGCUAAGGCUCUAGUGGCCUGUAAACUCUGCAAAGCCAUGGCCCAUGAAGCAUCUGAGAAUGAUAUGGUGGAUGACAUAUCUCAGGAGCUAAAUCACAACUCCAGGGAUUUUGGCCAGCUGGCAGUGGAGUUGCUGGACCAAUCCUACAAGCAGGAUGAGCAGCUGGCAAUGAAACUGCUGACCUAUGAGCUGAAGAACUGGAGCAACGCCACGUGCCUGCAACUUGCCGUGGCAGCCAAGCAUCGCGAUUUCAUUGCUCACACUUGUAGCCAAAUGCUACUCACAGACAUGUGGAUGGGGAGGCUCCGGAUGCGUAAAAAUUCAAGCCUAAAGGUAAUUCUAGGAAUUCUACUUCCUCCUUCAAUUCUCAGCUUGGAGUUCAAGAACAAAGAUGACAUGCCUUACAUGUCUCAGGCUCAAGAGGUCCAACUUCAAGAGAAAGAGCCAGAGGAGCCAGAAAAACCAGUUAAAGAAAAAGAAGAGGAGGACAUGGAACUCACUGCAAUGUUGGGACGUGGCAAUGGAGAGUCAUCAGCACGGAAGAAGGAGGAGGAGGAAGUUCAGAGCAGACACAGGUGGAUCCCCUUUGGACGCAAGAUCUAUGAGUUCUACAAUGCACCAAUUGUUAAAUUUUGGUUCUACACUAUGGCAUAUAUUGGGUAUUUGAUGCUGUUCAAUUACAUUGUGUUGGUGAAGAUGGAUCGCUGGCCUUCCACGCAGGAGUGGAUUGUUAUCUCUUAUAUAUUCACAAUGGGAAUAGAAAAGAUGAGAGAGAUAUUAAUGUCAGAACCUGGGAAGCUGCUGCAGAAGGUGAAAGUGUGGCUUCAGGAGUAUUGGAACGUUACCGAUCUCAUUGCUAUUCUCCUGUUCUCUGUGGGUAUGAUACUUCGCCUCCAGGAUCAGCCUUUCAGGAGUGAUGGCCGUGUCAUAUACUGUGUCAACAUCAUUUACUGGUACAUCCGAUUGCUAGACAUCUUCGGGGUGAACAAGUAUUUGGGGCCAUAUGUAAUGAUGAUUGGGAAAAUGAUGAUAGACAUGAUGUAUUUUGUCAUUAUUAUGUUGGUGGUUCUGAUGAGCUUUGGUGUUGCAAGGCAGGCAAUACUCUUCCCCAAUGAAGAGCCUUCUUGGAAGCUGGCAAAAAAUAUUUUUUACAUGCCAUAUUGGAUGAUCUAUGGGGAAGUGUUUGCGGACCAGAUAGACCCUCCUUGUGGUCAAAAUGAAACCAGAGAGGAUGGUAAAAUAAUCCAGCUGCCUCCCUGUAAAACAGGAGCAUGGAUCGUUCCUGCCAUAAUGGCUUGCUACCUCUUGGUGGCAAAUAUCCUUUUGGUGAACUUGCUCAUUGCCGUCUUUAACAACACAUUUUUUGAAGUUAAAUCUAUAUCUAACCAAGUAUGGAAGUUUCAGAGGUAUCAGCUUAUUAUGACGUUCCAUGAAAGACCAGUCUUACCCCCUCCGCUUAUCAUCUUCAGUCACAUGACUAUGAUAUUUCAACACAUAUGCUGUAGAUGGCGGAAACAUGACAGCGACCCUGAUGAAACAGACUACGGCCUGAAGCUUUUUAUAACAGAUGAUGAACUGAAGAAAGUUCAUGAUUUUGAAGAACAAUGCAUAGAAGAAUAUUUCAGAGAGAAAGAUGAUAGAUUCAAUUCUUCCAAUGAUGAAAGAAUCCGUGUUACCUCUGAAAGAGUGGAGAACAUGGCCAUGCGAUUAGAGGAAGUGAAUGAACGGGAACACUGCAUGAAGGCUUCCCUUCAGACCGUAGACAUCCGGCUUGCUCAGUUGGAAGAUAUGAUAGGACGAAUGGCUACAGCAUUAGAUAAGCUGACUGGUGUAGACAGAGGAGAGGCAACGAAGAUACGGUCUCGAACAUCAUCUGACUGUACUGACACAGCCUACAUUGUCAGACAGAGUAGCUUCAACAGCCAGGAAGGGAAUACUUACAAACUUCAAGAGAGUAUUGAUCCUACAGGGGAGGAGUCAAUGUCACCGACCUCUCCUACAGUAACGCCCCGCUUGCGAAGUCACUCCUUUUAUGCAGUAAAUAUGAAGGACAAGUGCGGGUUGGAGAAGCUCGAAAGCAUUUUUAAAGAACGGUCCCUGAGCCUCCACCGUGCGAGUAGCUCCCACUCUGUCUCAAAAGAGCAAAAACUACCUUUAGUGCCUACAAGCACUCUGUCAAUUGCUCCAGACUCCAGAAGGCCUUCCUCUUGCAUAGACAUUUAUGUCUCUGCCAUGGAUGAGCUGCAGUCUGGCGUAGAGCCCCUUGACAGUUCAAUGAACAUCCUUGGGACUGGAGAUCCUGCUCUCCAAGCUCAGAUAGCUUCCAGUGUUAUCUCAAGUAGUGCUUAUGUCAGCGGUACUCCUGGUGACAGAAUUUCAGGCAGGAGUAUUGAUUAUGAAGAACCCUCUUCAGUGGAGACCAGAGUGUUUUCUUCAGACUACUCACAAAUCACAGACUGCCCAAACCCCUGGGAAUCUGAUCCUCCCCUGUACCAUACCUUAGAGCGGUCUAAAAGCAGCCGAUACUUGGCUACAACCCCAUUUAUUUUGGAGGAAGCACCUAUAGUCAAAUCUCAGAGUUUCAUGUUCUCUCCUUCUCGGAGCUAUUUCAGCAGCCUUGGAGUGCCAGUCAAAACGGCAGAGUACACAAGCAUUACAGACUGCAUAGACACAAGGUGUGUCAGUGCUCCUCAAACCAUUUCAGAAAGGUCCAGCUUCCCUGGAAUCCAUGGAGACAAAGUGGAUGACUUAGGAUGCUGCCACCCAGAGAGGGAAGCAGAACUAAGCCACCCGGGCUCUGAUAACGAGGAUACCGAGGCCAAAGACAAAAAAGCAGUUUCCUUGUCAUCUCAAGAUAGCAAUACAUCUAGGACAUUGGCUAACAAUAUCCCUCUUCCAAAAAUAGAGCGGGCCAACAGUUAUUCCGCCGAUGAAUCCAACUUGUUGUAUGCACAUACACGGAAAAGCUACUCCAUCAGUGAUAAACUUGACAGGCAGCGCAAUGCAACGAGCCUCCGAAACACGUUCCAGAGGAGUAAGUCAUCCAAACCAGAGAACAGGGGGGACACCUUGUCAAUGAGAAGACUCUCUAGAACAGGUGCCUUCCAUAGCUUUGAGAGCAAGCACAGUUAAGAGAGAACAUGCGCAUACCAAGAGGAAUUGUCUGAGCUCUCCAGCUCUUUUCAGUAGGAAGAUGAAGUAACCUCAGACCGUGAUACGCCAGCAGCAGCUGGCAUUUGCCACCAGUCAAGUUAGCACUUUCAUAAUCUCAGAGUCAAACACUGAGGUUCUGUAUCUUGACCUAGUUGGCAUUUGCACUUAAUGGGGGUGGGGGUGGGAGGUAUUAUAGAGACGUUAUUUU